CUGGCGGCGUUACUGGCACUCCUCAUGCCUGCAGCUGCCAUCGAUCCCCUCUCCACCCUCGAGUGCCAUCGCCGGCAAUACACUUACAAGGUUCACAAGACAGAUGAUAACGGUCGAAUGUGCUGGGACUAUAUCAACGUGAUGAGCUGCUGGGGCCGCUGCGAUUCUAACGAGAUCGCUGACUGGAAAUUCCCAUACAAGCGGUCUCACCAUCCCGUCUGCAUGCAUGAGGAAACUCAUCUCACGCAGGUGACUCUCCGUAACUGCCACGAUGACGUCGCUCCGGGCACGGAGAUCUACUCCUUCCACGAGGCCAACCGAUGUUCGUGCUCCGUGUGCAAGUCCUCGGAGGCGUCGUGCGAGGGUCUGCGGUACAGGGGCGCUCGCAGAGCCCCUCGCGUGGACGUCCCAAGGGGCUAA